AUGGAGGAUAUUAUGAGGAGUACUGUGUUGUUUAGGGUGCUUCUUGUGGUGGUUGUUGUGAUCGCAACAAGACCUUGUUUGGCUAAUGUGAAAAAUGAUUUUCACGAGACAAAUGGUGGCAAUAUUUGCAACUAUACCGCUCAAGUUUCUCGUGGUGGUUUGGGUGGAGGAGGUGUUGGUGUAAGUGAGAAAAACUCGUCGGGGAUGUUAUUAGGUGAAAGGAAGUUCAGUGGGGGUAAUGGUGGAAAAGGAGGAGGUGGAGGUGGGAAUGGAAAAGGUGGAGGAAAUGGGGGUGGGAGUGGAAAAGGUGGACAUGAAGGGCGAAAAAGAAGAGGGGGAGGUGGUUCAGGUGGUGGAGGGGGAGGUGGUUCAGGUGGUGGUGGAGGAGGAGGAAAUGGACAAGGCCAUGGAGGUGGUGGUGGAGGUCAUGGGUGGGGAGGAGGGAGUGGAAGUGGUGGAGGUGGAGGAGGAGGUGGUGGUAGUGGUGAGGGUUGGGGUUGGGGUAGGGGUAGGGGUGGAGGAAGUGGCAAUGUUAAAUGUUGGGUGUGGGGAUGUGAGAAGAAGUUAGAGAAAAGAAGUGAAAUUCGUUCCUCCAACUCAAAGGGAUAA